ACCACCUGUGUUCACUACCCAGAGGAUGACCAUGGGGACAACACAGACGCCCACAUGGGUGUUAAUAUGGAUGGCUCUGGCGAUUGGUUUAACUGCCUCUCAAAGUGAGGAUACAUCAAAGGCCACAGUUAACAUCAUCCCCUCAAUGUCAAGGAUACCUGAGAUUGCAGGAGUGAGUCCUAUACAUAAUGGCCAAGUCUGCAGUACGUGGGGUAACUACCACUUCAAGACCUUUGAUGGAGACAUCUUUCAGCUCCCCUCCACCUGCAACUAUGUUGUGACCUCACUGUGCCAUAGCAGUUAUGAGGAUUUCAACAUCCAGAUGAGGCGGCAGGUGGUGGACAACCAGCCCACCAUUAGCAAGAUCACCAUGAAGCUAGAUGGCACAGUGGUGGAGCUAUCCAAGGGUUCCGUUGUUGUUAAUGGGAAUAAUGCCACCUUACCAUUCAGCCAGUCUGGUAUUCUCAUUGAAGAGACUCCCUCCUACAUCAAGAUCAAAGCAAAACUGGGAUUGGUAGCCAUAUGGAACCAGGAUGAUUCCUUCUUGGUGGAGAUGGACAUCAAAUUCAGAAAUAAGACCUGUGGUCUAUGUGGAGAUUUUAACGCAAUUCAGCAAUUUGAUGAGUUCUAUAGCCAUGGUAUGAAAUUGUCCGCUGUCGACUUCGGAAACUUCUGGAAAUUGGAUGGUCCCACUGAAAGCUGUACUGAAAACAUACUGCCUUCAAAUCAGAAAUGCCCCAAUCUGAAACCAGUUUGUGAGCAGUUGCUCUCCGGUCCUGCCUUCAGCAGCUGUAAGGACUUGUUGGCCAUCGACUCAUUUGUUGAGGCCUGUGUAUCUGACCUGUGCCACUGUGAUAACAGCACCAACUCCUUCUGCCUGUGCAACACCAUCUCAGAGUACUCCCGUCAGUGUGUUCAUGCAGGGGGGAAGCCCAAACAAUGGAGGACUGAACAGUUCUGCUAUAAGACAUGCCCCUUCAACAUGGAGUACCAGGAGUGUGGAAACCCCUGUGUUGACACCUGCUCCAACCCAGAGAGAGGUCAGCUGUGUGAGGAACACUGCUCAGAUGGCUGCUUUUGUCCUCCAGGAACCGUUUUUGAUGACGUCAACAAGAAUGGUUGUAUCGCCUUGAGUCAAUGCUCCUGCCGCCACAAUGGAAAAACAUACGCACCCGGAGAGUCUUAUUCAAGCACUUGUAAAGAUUGUUCUUGUGCUGGUGGUCAGUGGAAGUGUGUGGACAAGGACUGUCCUGGCACCUGUGCUGUGGAGGGAGGAUCCCACAUCAACACCUACGAUGGAAAAACCUACACCUUCCAUGGGGACUGCUCUUAUGUUCUGACCAAGGACUGUGAUGGGAUGCAAUUCACUGUACUGGGUGAUCUGGUGCAGUGUGGGCUUUCUGACAGUGAGACUUGUCUAAAGGCUGUUACCCUGUCCCUCUCAGAAGGAGCCACUGUGAUCAACAUACAACCCAAUGGAAAAGCCUUUGUAAAUGGAAUCUAUUCUCAGCUGCCCUUUUCUGCUGCUGGAGUAACUAUUUUCAGAGCCUCCUCAUUUUUCAUAAUUGUCCAGACCACCUUUGGCCUCCAGUUGGAAAUCCAACUCUCACCAAUCAUGCAGGUCUAUAUUGCUGCAAGCACCGUUUGGCAGCAGAGAACUUGCGGUCUUUGUGGAAACUUCAACAACAACCAAGGAGAUGAUUUCAAGGUCCUGAGCGGAGUGACUGAGGGCACAGCCAUUGGUUUUGCAAACACCUGGAAAACACGAGCCAGCUGCCCAGACGUCAAGAGUAGCUUUGAAAGCCCCUGCAGUUUAAGUCUUGACAAUGAGAAAUAUGCCCAGCACUGGUGCUCUCAGCUGGCUGAUCCUAAAGGGUUGUUUGCUAAAUGCCACACAGCAAUAAGCCCAGACAUGUACAAAGAAAACUGCAUGUAUGACAGCUGUAACUGUGAGAAGAGUGAGGACUGCAUGUGUGCUGCCGUCUCUUCUUAUGUCCACGCUUGUGCUGCCGAGGGUAUCCAACUCAGCGGCUGGAGAGACACUAUCUGCAACAAAUACUCCACCUCGUGCCCUAGCACCAUGGUCUACAGCUACAGCAUAAAAAACAGUGAUCGCUCCUGCCGCUGCUACAGCGACUCUGACUUUACCUGUUCAAUCACCUUCGAGCCUGUGGAUGGGUGUGUCUGUUCUGAGGGAACCUACCUGGAUGAUGAGGGCAAGUGUGUUCCACCAGCCAGCUGCCCUUGUUAUUACAAGGGCUCAGUGGUGUCCCCUGGAGAGGUCAUCAGCAAGGAUGGAACCAUGUGCACCUGCAAGGAGGGAAAACUCCGUUGCAUUGGAGAUUCACCCGAUCAGCCAUCAUGUGUUGCACCAAUGGUUUUCUUCAACUGUUCCAAUGCAAGCCCAGGAGUGAGAGGGUUAGAGUGUCAGAAGAGCUGCAACAUUCUGGAUAUGGCCUGUAUCAGCACAGAGUGCAUAUCAGGCUGUAUGUGUCCCUCUGGACUGGUAUCCGAUGGAAAAGGAGGCUGCAUCAAGCCAGACCUUUGUCCUUGUUCUCACAAUGGAGCUACUUACCAACCAGGAGACAGAAUCAAGGUCGACUGCAAUACUUGCACUUGUAAAGACAGAAAAUGGCAGUGCACAACUAACCUGUGCCUUGGAACCUGUGCCAUUUAUGGAGAUGGACACUACAUUACUUUUGAUGGGAAACGAUUCACUUUCGAAGGAGACUGUGAAUACACACUUACAAAGGACUACUGUGGUAGCAACAAUGCCAACGGCAGCUUCAGAGUCAUCACUGAGAACAUCCCUUGUGGAACGACAGGCACCACCUGCUCCAAGGCCAUUAAGCUCUUCCUGGGGAACAAUGAACUAAUUCUGACAGACGGGAACUACCAAGUCGUUGAGAGAAAUACAGGGGAGGCGGUUCCUUACCAGAUUCGCACAAUGGGCAUCUACCUUGUGAUUGAAGCCAAUAAUGGGUUGAUUCUCAUGUGGGACAGGAAAACAAGCAUGUUCAUCAAACUGAACCCACAGUUCAAGGGACAUGUCUGUGGUCUGUGUGGAAACUAUGAUGGCAAUGCAAACAAUGACUUCACUACCAGGAGCCAGGCAGUAGUUGUCAACCCUCUAGACUUUGGAAACAGCUGGAAAGUCUCUGCAAGCUGCCCCGAUGCAAAGAACAAAAGGAGCCCCUGUACUGCCAACCCUUACAGGCAGUCUUGGUCACAGAAGCAGUGCAGCAUCAUACAGAGCAAAGUUUUCACAGACUGCCAUUCUAAAGUGGACCCCUCUCCUUUCUACGAUGCGUGUGUGACAGACUCGUGUGCUUGCGACAGUGGUGGAGACUGUGAGUGUUUCUGUACUGCUGUGGCAGCUUAUGCAGAGGCCUGUAAUGAGGCUGGAGCCUGCAUAGCCUGGAGAAGCCCACAAAUCUGCCCACUGUUCUGUGAUUACUACAACCCCCCUGGAGAAUGUGAGUGGCACUACAAGGCAUGUGGAGCUCAGUGUAUGAAGACCUGCAGGAAUCCCUCCGGGAGCUGCUCAACUCAGAUACCACCUCUUGAAGGUUGCUAUCCAAAAUGUCCUCCUGCUCAACCCUUCUUUGAUGAAGAUAUAAUGAAGUGUGUGGAGAAGGAGCAGUGUGGCUGCUAUGGCAGAGAUGGAAAACACUACAAUAAUGGAGAAAAAGUACCGACCACAGAAAACUGUCAGACAUGCUAUUGUAAUUCUGUGACAGUGGACUGCAAAUACGAUGUACAAGCUUGCACUUGCACCUACAAUGGGAACAAAUACCCCAAUGGGCAUAUCAUCUAUCACACCACAAAUGGGCACGGCAGUUGUAUCACAGCCAUCUGUGGGAAGAAUGGAACCACUCAGAGGGACAUUUACCCAUGUUCAACUACAACUCCAACUUUAACUCCAUCUGUUCCUAACUCUACUCCAUCCUCUACAGUGACAACAACUGUCUUUACUUUCUCAACACCCACAACUGCGCCAACCACAACUUCAACAGAGACAACAGUGUCUCCAACAACCUUUACUACUACAUGUGGCUAUCCAUGUGUGUGGUCACAGUGGUUUGAUACCACAUUCCCUACACUAGGAACUCCAGGAGGAGACUCUGAAACCUACAACAACAUAAGAGCAGAGGGACACGAUAUAUGUGAGAAGCCAACCAAGAUCCAAUGCAGAGCCGAGAAGUACCCAAAUGUUAGCAUAAGCCAAGUAGGCCAAGUGGUGCAGUGUAAUGUAUCAGAAGGGUUGACUUGCAGAAAUGAAGACCAGUCAGGCAAAUUCCCACUGUGCUUUAACUACCAAGUUCGAGUCCUCUGCUGUGAUGAAGAUCUUUGUACAUCUAAGCCUACAACCAUUUCACCAACAACUACAAGACCACCUGUUACAACAACAACUACAAACGCAACCACCUCCACUAUCUCAACAACCACGUUGAAUACAAAACCCCCUAACUGCACAGUUUGUGAGUGGUCACCUUGGUAUAAUGUGGAUUAUCCUCAAUUUGGUCCUGGGGGUGGCGACAAUGAAUCAAUUAAAAAGAUUCUAGAAUCUGGAAAACAUAUUUGUGAAAAACCAGUGGAUGUCAUGUGCCAAGCAGUGCGAUAUCCAGGGAUCCCAUUGUCUGAAUUAGGACAGAAUGUAGUCUGUAAUACGAAGGUUGGACUAAUAUGCCAGAACAAAGAUCAAGGCAUUCCUCCAAUAUGCCUUGACUAUGAAAUUAAGGUGAAGUGUUGCAAGACUGUGAAAUGUCACACAACAACACCAGUCCAAACAACUAAACCUACUGUCACAACAACAACAAUGUCAGCAUCCACAUUACCUACAACAACAAGUAAACCAACAACAAUCACUACUCCUCCAACCUCAACUCUACCUCUAACCACAACUACAACUCCUACCACUACUCCAACACCAAAUACCACAAUCUUAACAUCGACUACACCACCUACCACAUCAACAACAGUUACUCCCAUCACUACUCCAACACCCACUACAAAGACCUCAACAUCGACAGUUACAUCGACAACAAAAACAACAACUCAGACACCCAGCCCUAGUACAACUCUAACCACUACUCCAACAUCAACCUCAACAGGAGUAACACCGACCCAAUGCAGUGGUGAUGAAAAAUGUGUGUGGUCAGACUGGAUCAACCUUGGUCAGCCAACGUCUGGCUCUGAAGGUGGAGAUAAUGAAUCCAUUAAGAGCAUCAUUUCUGCUGCAAAAGUGCUUCGACUACGAGAUUCGAGUGAAAUGUUGUCAAUGUGGAACUACAACACACAUCCCAACCACCACAACAACGACAGGUCCUCACAUCACUACUCCUACACCCACUACUACAACGUCAACAUCAACAGCUCCACCUACAACAAAAACAACAACUCAGACUCCCAGCCCUAG